AUGAGGACCGUGUUCCUGUUUUCUUCACUCCCUCUCCUUCUUCUGAGUGUGAUAACAGCAUCUUGUUCAGAGAAAGAAGCCUGUGAAGUCCCGAAGACCUGCCAUGUGGUUGCCUGUGGCUCCCCAGGCCUUAACGGCUUACCGGGCACCAAGGGAGAAAAGGGAGAACCAGGCGAAGCACUCAGAGGCUUGCAGGGUCCCCCUGGAAAAGUGGGACCUCAAGGAAUUCCAGGGCCUCCUGGGAAGCAAGGAGAAAAGGGUCUAAAAGGAGAUCCUGGAGAGAGCUCAGGUAAUAUCUUGGCUGCUCUGCAAUUGGAACUGAAUCGUAUCAAUAAGUGGCUGACUUUUUCUCUGGGCAAAAAGGUUGGAAAAAAGAUCUUCUUGAGUAAUGGUGAAAAGCUGCCCUUUGACAGAGUAAGGACUCUGUGUGCCCAUUACCAGGCUUCUGUGGCCACCCCCAUGAGUGCUGAGGAGAACAGUGCCAUCCUGCAAGUGGCCAAAGAAGAGGCCUUCCUAGGCAUCACUGAUGAAGUCACCGAAGGCCAGUUUCUGGAUCUGACAGGAAGGCGUGUGACUUACACAAAUUGGAAUGACGGUGAACCCAAUGACGCAAACUCUGAAGACUGUGUAGUGUUGCUGAGGGACGGCAAGUGGAACGAUGCCUCCUGUUCUUCCUCCUUUAAAGUUGUCUGCGAGUUUCCCGCCUGA